AUGGCGGCGCCCAGGGUUUCCACUCGGUGCCUGCAGAAUAAUGGCCUGAAGAGGAUCUUCUCUGGUAUUCAACCAAGUGGGAUUCCUCACCUGGGGAAUUAUCUUGGUGCGCUCACAAGCUGGGUGAAGCUGCAGGAAGAAUGCAGCUGUGUGCUAUACAGCAUUGCAGACCUCCAUUCCCUCACAAUCCCAAGAGAGCCAGCUGCUCUUCGUGCAAGCAUCCUAGAUGUCACAGCUGUCCUCCUUGCCUGUGGCAUCAAUCCACAGAAGUGCUUGCUUUUUCAGCAGUCUCAGGUAUCUGAACAUGCGGAGCUUGGUUGGAUUCUGGAGUGCCUCACAAGUGUACCACGUCUGCAACACUUACCACAGUGGAAGGUAAAGAAUGCCAGCCAAAUGAAUGAAGGGACAGUGGGUCUGUUCACUUAUCCUGUUCUUCAAGCAGCAGAUAUUCUUCUGUACAAGUCAACGCACGUACCUGUUGGAGAAGAUCAAGUCCAGCACUUGGAACUGACCCGAGAUAUAGCCCGGCACUUCAACAAGAAAUAUGGAGAAUUUUUUCCAGUGCCCAAAGCCAUUUUAACCCCGAUGAAGAAGGUGAGGUCUCUCCGAGAUCCCACCUCCAAGAUGUCAAAAUCCGACCCUCAGAAGUUAGCCACAGUGAGCAUAACGGACAGCCCCGAAGAGAUCCUACUGAAAAUCCGCAAGGCUGUCACAGACUUCAUGUCCGAGGUUACCUAUGACCCGGACCGCCGCCCCGGUGUCUCCAAUCUCGUAACCAUUCAUUCUGCCAUAACGGGGCUUAGUGUGGAGGAAGUGGUACAUCAGAGUGUGGGUCUGGAUACUGCUCGUUACAAGACAGUGGUAGCAGAGGCAGUCAUUGCAAAGCUUGCGCCAGUCAGGAGUGAGUUCAAGAGAUUAAAAGAAGAUGGAGGUUACCUGGAGAAGAUUUUACGUACUGGAGCAGAAAAGGCUAAAGCCCUCGCGGCCCCAGUGUAUGCGGAAGUCAAAAGGCUGGUGGGAUUUCAUUAACCCCAAAGGAAAAGCAGCCGGGACCCUUUCAGGUUUUCUUUUAGUGGGCCUGGGUUGCCUUGACCCUGCAGCUCUUGGUUAACGUUGGCCGACGUGUGCAUCAGCAGUGGGACCCUUUCUCUUUCCCCACCCUCUCGCACUCGCAUCCUCACACAUCGCAUUGCCAGGCUGCAAUCUGGAGUGUGUGUGGAGGAAGGUGAAGCAGCCGCAGUUUCCCUCUCCCAUUUCUCCACUGGCCCUUAUUCUGCCUUUCUCUCCCCCCCACCUCCAGUGGCAGAGGACAGUCCUGGCUUGCAGCCCAGUGAAGGGGAGGGGACACCUGUCAGGACCAGGGCGGAGAGCCUCAGGCCUGCCUCUCCUUCUUCCAGACCUUAAAAGGGCCACAUGGUUCGGGUUGGUGACUGUUCAGCAAUGGCACCUGGGCCCAGUCCCCAAGACGGUCUUGUUCACCCUCGUGAAGUUGUGCGUCUGCAAUAUUUCCAGUCUCUUUGCAGGGGGGACAACCAACCUCCUUGCAAAAGUCUUUGGGAUGAUACUUAAACUCAUCUCUUAGCUGCAAGUACUGACCUUUUUCCUGCAGGGGGAAAGAGCUGCCGUUUCAUCUUGAAGUAAUUUGCAAAAAUAGACUAAAGCUGGAACAUGCACAACACCCCAACGGCAGUGAUGCGAUGCAUUGGAAAUAAAUCGGUGAAUUCCUUUGACAGCAUUUCAUUCCAUUGGCUGGAUUGGUCUUCAUCAGCAGAGACCACAGGCAAGCCCUUGCACUGUCUUAGGCCCAAACAGGAUUUCAAGUGGGAGGAAUCCUUGACUGGGUCCCCGAGAUGUCAUAUAGCUGUAAAAAGCAGCUGUAUCUGAGAGGGCUAUGAAUGGGGGCUGCAUUGCUGGGCCAUUAGCUUCCCUCCCCAGUUAUUUUUCCAGGCAAAAACCCCUCCUAAUCUUUUUAAGCUUAGGGAAGCUUUUAAGUCCCUGUAGGGGGGGAGGGGAGACAGACGUUUCUCUGCUUUCCCGACCUGCCCUUGGAGUCACAAGGUAAAGACGGGCUUUUUCAAAGGGGGAAAUGCUGCCGGCAGCCCCGCCUGUGAUUCUGAUGAUUCGGGGGCCCUCUGCAGCUCUUUUGGGCUGCUAAAUUCCAUAGGAGAAGGAUCUAGUUGUUUAGGCAAUGUGUACUGUGGCCCGAAUCAUUGCAAAUAUGGAAACUGUGAUGGAGUAGCAGCAGACUUCUCCUCCUGAGUGCCUGCAAACCAGUCAGUCACAGUAGACAAGAAUUAAGCAUAUUUAAUAUUGGCUGAUUCUCAGCAAUGAACAACACUAGCUCGAAUAAUUCUUUUCCACAUGUUGGACGGCAGAACAGUAGAUAUCUCAAAACCUUACUGCCGAACUGGGUUUUUAAAUUGUUUAGCUUCUAUCUGGCCGUAAAUUAACAUGUCCUGUUGGUGCUCCUUUCCUUGUGAAUCUACAGUUCCACCUCAAAAAAUCAGCAUGUGAUUUUAGCACAUUAUUUUACUUGCUGUAUAAACACUUUUAGCGACACCGAUAUCUGGCCCAUAAAGGGCUUGGAGCAAAGACCUGCCCGCUCCAGAAACCACGUAAGAGUGAAGGCGGGUAUUAUUUUAGCAAUAUUCAGUUGAUGUUUGUCAAGAGUCUAAAAAAAAUAGAGAAUCUGACUUGGAGCGCAGAAAGUCACUUAAAAAUAAUCCAGCCUGUAAAUCAAAAUUAGCACUGUGUUGCUGUAGCCCCUGUCAAGAAGAGGAUGGCCUUGGAGUUUUCUCUUGCAAAGAAGCUUCAUGCAUACUUGAAGAUAAUAUUUUGUGGCUUGAAUUUGGGGUCCUGCUCCUUCAUUGCAACUCCAGCAGCAGAUCUUUAGAACACCAGCUGGUGUUGUGGAUAGCAGUGCCGAAUCCUGGCUCGUGCAUGGUUGUGAUUCCGGCACUCAGCUGCUUGCAACGCAAGUGAGAGCAAAGCCACGUGCGGGCUGUGUGUAGGAAUGGGCUUCCAGCAGUAGCUAGGGUUGCCAGCUCCGAUUUGAGAAAUUCCUGGAAAUUUGGGAGGUGGAGCAUGGAGAGGGCGGGGUUUGGGGAGGGAAGGAGGCGCCUCAGAGUAUA